AUGACUGUCGCCGCAGAAUGGCUGGCCGUGGAUGCUCAAAACAACCCUGACAGAUGGAUCCACAGAUUCACAGAGGAAGAGCUCAGGGACAUCGAUCAUGCUUUGCAGACCACGCUGAGCAAAGGCCACAAGACUUGCGAAACGAUGACCAAGGAGGAUUUCCCGUUAGGUCUAUCCGAGAAGCCGUUGCAGCAGGUCCUCGAGCAUCUAGAGAAUGACAUGGGGCUCUUUGUCUUGCGCGGCAUCCCUGCAGAGAAGUACACAAAGGCAGAGAUGAGGAUGAUUUACUGGGGAAUCGGCCUGAACAUGGGCGUGGCAGUGUCGCAAAGUGGAAAGGGAGAUGUUCUUGGUGAUGUCAAGAACUUCGGCGAUAACAUCCACCCAUCCUCCACGACUGGUCGCGGAUACAUGUCUCGCGUCCAUCUGUCAUUCCAUACCGACAGCUCGGAUGUUGUUGGUCUUAUGGUACUUCAAGUCGCCAAGAGUGGCGGGCUCAGCAUGAUUUGCAGUUCGGUAGCCGUGAGGAACGAAAUUGCCCGGCGCCGGCCCGACCUACUCAAGGUCUUGUACGAAGACUUCUACUGGAGCUGGAAAGGAAACUCUCCCCCUGGAGCUGGUCCAUACUAUAAGAUUCCCAUCUUCAGCGAGGAAGGCGGACGCUUCUCAUGCCGCUACAUUCCACCACACAUCUUCACCGCUCAAGAGUACCCUGAGAUCCCUCGUCUCACCGAGCAGCAAAAGGAAGCCAUCAUGUUGAUCACUCAGGUCGCCAACGAAGAGAAAUUCCACUUUGCCAUGAUGUUCGAGCCAGGAGAUAUACAGUUCUUGAACAACCACAUCACCUUGCAUGCCCGCACCGAGUUUGAGGACGGGGACACGGAGGAGACAAAGCGACAUUUGUUGCGAGUAUGGCUGUGUCCCCCCAACAGCCGGAAGCUGAGCCCCAAGGUCGUCGAUUUCUACAGAGAUGAGAGGCCAGGAACAGUGCGAGGAGGUUUCCAUUCACAAACAGGCAAAUACGUAUUUGAAACGACUGUCCAGGGAUGA